AUGGAUACCGACCCCUUUCCCAAGCAUCCCCCCAAGCUCAACACCAUCCAUUCCACCUUCAUGGCUUCCACUCCUCUUCCCAGCAUUCCACCUUCAAUCUUCCAUCUAUACCACCAUCAGAACCGCCAACUCCACACCCGUCUAUACCACCUAGCAGCACGCCGUCUUCUGAUCACCCAAGCAGCACGCCUUCAUCACCAUCCCUCGUUGCCACCAAGCAAUGUACCCAGUGACGAUCCCACAAGGGACCCCUCAAUGCCACCAUCAGUUCAUCCUACCCCGAACCCAUCUGAUAUUCCCAGUGAGCCACCCUCCUCACCACCAAGUGAGCCUCCUACUGGAAAGCCAACCCCAAUCCCAUCAGAAACUCCAUCCAGCCCACCAACACCAAUCCCAUCAGAGACCCCUUCAACACCUCCCACCCAAAGCCCAAGUGAGACUCCUUCAGAGAUACCAACAACUGAUCCAACCCCUAUCCCAUCAGAGCCACCUACAACUUUGCCAACUCCAAAUCCAUCGGAAACUCCCUCAGAUGAACCAACUCAAAAGCCAUCAGAAACACCAUCUUGGAUGCCCAGUGAAAACCCUUCAGAACCACCUACAACGCCACCAACAAACCCUCCUAGCGUACCUCCCAGUCAUCCACCAUCCACUGAUCUUCACGAACUCCUUCGGAGACCCCCUCUUAUGUGCCAUCUAGUGUACCUUCGCCUAUCCCAACUACUCCUCCAACACCAAGCCCAAGUGAAACCCCAAGUGAGAUCCCCACAACUGAUCCAUCACCUGUUCCCUCAAGCCCACCAAGUGAUGUUCCCAGUACCCCACCUUCUCCAGUCCCAACCACAAACCCAUCAGAAACCCCAUCAAUCCCUCCCUCAUCUCCACCAACACCAGUUCCAACACCCAACCCAUCAGAGACUCAUCCUCCACCAUCAUCCACCACCAACAACCCUACCUUCAAAUCCACCAUCUGAAACACCUUCAAUUCCACCAAGUAGCCCACCAACAAUCCCACCCACCCCAAAUCCCAGUGAUACCCCCAGUGACAAUCCAUCAACUGUGCCUACUCCGAGUCCAUCGGAAACACCAUCUGAAAUUCCCUCAACUCCUCCUUCCCCAAUUCCCACGACACCACCAACACCCAAUCCUAGUGACCCCCCUCAAGAACACCCUCGAAUGUCCCCUCAUUUAUGCCAACUCCGAGUCCGAGUGAGGUUCCAAGUGAGACUCCCACAACUGUCCAUCACCAAUUCCCUCACGACCACCAAGUAA